AUGCUUUCCAAAUACGCCCAACUUCUCUUUUCUCUCACACCGUUCGUCGGUGCUCUUGUGCCCCCAGCACAAGAUGGCAUGAGAAUCAUCUGGUCCGAGACCUUCCAAGGAAACGCCGGCGCACCCCCUCGAAGCGACACAUGGAACGUCGCCUUGGCCAUCGACACGAACAACGAGGUCCAGACUUACACCGAAUCAUCCUGGAACGUCCAAAUAUCGGGUGGUGAAACCAUUCAGCUCAUUCCCAGAAAGUCAGCAAGCGGCGUAUGGACAUCUGCACGUAUCGAGACCAAGGCAGCGUGGACACCCCAGCCGGGAGGGAAGAUGCGGGUUCAGUCAAUGUUCAGGAUGGGCGACAGCGCAAACAAGCAGGGCAUGUGGCCUGCCUUUUGGAUGCUGGGCGAUGCCGUUCGCAACGGGGUUCAGUGGCCUCUCUGCGGCGAGCUCGACAUCUUCGAACAGAUCAACGGUCAGGCCACGGCCACGGGUACCGUUCACUGCCAACAAGAAUCCGGCGGCAUCUGCAACGAGCCCAGCGGCCGUGGCGUGGCCACUUCGAUGCCCGACAACGGUUGGCACACUUGGGCACUGGAGUGGGACCGCACGUCGAACAACUGGGUCACCGAGACCAUCACAUGGUAUCGUGACGGUGUUGUCUUCAACCAGCUCAAAGGCAGCGAUAUUGGGGACGAGGGUAUCUGGGCGACCCUUUGUCACAUGCCCUACUAUGUGCUCAUGAAUGUAGCAGUUGUUUCAGGCGGCACGUUGCCUGGUUCUCCUACCGAUGCUACGCAGGAUGGCUACGGAAGCAUGAUGGAGAUCGGAUACCUUACCGUGUACCAGUCGCCUUGA